CAUUGGACCUUCUCAGUUUCAAGGAAAUUACAUAAUUGACUUGGAUCUUUCUUCCAAAAAACAGAAGAUGAAUCCUUUUAGCUGACAAAUACAUUUGAUACCGCCAUUCCAGAGAGCGCUAAGCAUGGCUGAAGCUGCCGUUUCCUUUGUUGUAGAAAGGCUAGCUGGAAUACUGGAAGAAAUUGAUUUUCAAACAGGUAUUCGAAAGGAAGUAGAGCGUCUACAAGAGGAAUUACUUCGGAUGAGAUGUUUCUUAAAGGAUGCAGAUGCAAAGCAAGAUGAUGAUGAGAGAGUGAGCAACUGGGUGUCUGAAAUCAGAAAUGUUGCUUAUGAUGCUGAAGAUCUUAUCGACACUUUCCUCCUCAGAAUUGAUUCCCUCAAGAAAAAGAACUCCAUCGAAAGGUAUGCUUCCAUUUUCAAAGAAUGGAAAUAUCGCUCUAAGGUUGCAAACGAGCUUCUAUCCAUCCAGAGAAGAAUCCUUAAUAUAUCUGCCAGUCGUGAAACCUAUGGUAUCAGAAACAUUGGAGAGGGGAUUAGCACUGCAAGGGAGAGGCUUCGGAAGCUGAGAAGAUCAUCUCCUCGCGGGGAAGAAAAGGAUAUCGUUGGCCUGGACGAUGAUAUAGCUAAGCUGCUGACGCAACUUGUCCGAACCGAGGGCCAAUGGCAUGCGAUUUCAAUAGUCGGAAUGGGAGGCAUUGGUAAGACAACUCUAGCAAAAAAAGUUUAUAAUCAUGGUGAUAUCCAGGCUCGUUUUCCUUCUCGAGCAUGGGUUUACGUAUCCCAGGAUUUCAGUACUAAAGACAUACUUCAGGCAAUUAUAAAGCAAGUGGCAUCACCGCGAAGAAAAUUGGAAAUGUUGGAGGAAGAAGAAUUGGAAGCAAUUCUCUACGAACACCUAAGAAAGAAACGGUAUUUGGUAGUCUUGGAUGAUGUAUGGAAUAUCGGAGCAUGGAUCUCUCUUGCAAAGGCCUUUCCAGACAGAAGUAAUGGAAGCAGAGUGAUGAUUACAACUCGCAACAAGGGUAUUGCUUUGAAAGCAGAUGCUCAAAGUGUUCCCUAUCAUUUGCAUUUUCUGAGCGAAGAAGAUGGAUGGAUGUUGUUCUGCAAGAAAGCUUUCAUUCAUGGCGUUGAUUCAUAUCGUUCCCCACAGUUGGAGGAAAUAGGGAAAGAGAUCGUGGCAAAAUGUGCUGGUUUACCACUGGCCAUCAUUGUGGUGGGAGGAUUGCUUUCAAGUAAAAGAAAUUUGGGCGAAUGGAAAAGGGUUCUUUCCAACAUGAACUCGCUCUUUGCUCGAGACCCAGAUGGAGUGUCAUCUAUACUAGCUUUGAGUUAUAACGAUUUGCCUUAUUACCUCAAAUCUUGCUUCCUCUAUCUAGGACAAUUCCCAGAAGACCGUCUGAUUCCCACACAUAAAAUGUUUAGGCUAUGGAUUGCGGAGGGUUUGAUUCCACUGCAAGAGGAAAGGAUGGAGCACAUAGCAGAGGAUUACUUGAAUGAGCUAAUUGAGAGAAACAUGGUUCAAGCAGCCAAAUGGAGUGUCAACCAGAGAGUUAAACAAUGUCGUCUUCAUGAUCUACUACGAGACCUCUCCAUCUCAAAGGCCAAAGCAGAAAGCUUUCACGAGAUUCAAGGGAGUCAAAGUCUCCACCCUUCAGCUAGAUCACGUCGUCAUUCCAUCUACUCUGCAUUUCAUUGGCCCCAGUGCAAGUAUAUCAAUCCCCACCUCCGGUCGCUCCUCUUCUUUAGAGUUGAUCAUAACCAAAGCCAGGUUAAUUAUUAUAUAAAUGAUCCUUAUAAAAUGGAAGGCAGCGAUCUAGAUUAUGUUAGCAGAAACUUCAAAUUACUCAGAGUCCUUGAGUUGGAGGGUAUACCAUGUACUACCAUUCCAAGCAUAAUUGGGGCAUUAAUUCAUCUGAAGUACUUGGGGUUGAAGGAGACCAACCUACAGGGGCUUUCACCAGCCAUAGGUUCUUUGCGGAACCUACAGACUCUUGAUGUAGCGGCAAAUCUUCAUCUCCAAACAAUUCCCAACGUAAUAUGGAAGAUAACAAAAUUACGGUAUCUUUAUAUGUGCGGACAUAAAUAUGGGGGGCCUCUGCGAAUCGACACAUUACAGCAUCUCCAGGCUCUAUCAGAGAUAAAUGUCCAAAAAUGGAUGCAAAACAACCCUGCAAAUUUAACAAGCCUGCAAAAAUUAGGAAUCAGAGGAAACUUCAGCUUGAAAGCAACUGAAAUAUUUAACUCCCUUGUGGCGCUUGUACAACUUCAGUCCCUGUACCUGCGUACUGAAGAUGCUGAAUUUCCAUCGCUCACUCAACUUUCUGCUCUUCAAAAUCUCGUCAAGUUGCAUAUGAGAGGAACUAUAAGGCAGUUACCUAGCUCGCAGGAAUUCCCACCCAAUCUCUCCCAGUUGACAUUAGAACAUACUCAUCUCAAGCAAGAUUCGGUGGGGAUACUUGAGAACUUGCCAAGAUUAUUGAUUCUGAGACUGAAAGCACACUCCUACGAUGGAGCAAAAAUGGCAAUAUCAGUCCGUGGCUUUCCUCAACUUGAGUUCCUGGAGUUUCACUCCUUGGAAUCCUUGGAAGAGUUAAAUCUUCAAGGAGGUGCAGCGCUAAGGCUUGGGAGUUUCCGGAUAAUCAAUUGCGGGAACUUGAAGAUGCUCCCUGAAGGAAUGAGAUACCUUACUGCUCUCCGGGAGUUGGACAUUGAAGAGAUGCCAAAAUCAUUCGUGGAUAGGAUUCGAGUUAAUCAAGCAAUCAGACCGCUCCUCCUAGUCAGAUGUUGAAAGAUUUAACACAGGUAAAUGCUCUCUUGCAGGCAAAGUACAAUGCAUUUGUUUAAUGAGGAAGAAAAUGUCUGCAUGAGGCUUAUACAUGGAACAAGAAAGAUUAAAAGAAGCCAAAAAAGCCAGUAGAAACAAAGAAAAUAUGCUUUUGACUCAUAAUUUUUAAUCGCUCCUUUGAGUGAAAUUUUGGUAACU